AUUUUUACUUUUUAGCGAUUUCCCGAUUUUUGGAUUCCGGAUUUUCACCAUACCAGACUGCGAUCAGGAGGUUACUUUUGCUCGUUGUUUUCUUUCUUUUUAAGUUUCUAAAUGUUGUUUUUUUAAAGACAUCCACAUAUUUCAGCCAAACGCAUGUUGCUAAUCUUUGAAUGCCGAUCAACUCUGUAUCGAAAUACAGACUCGCUUUUGAGUUUCCCUUGUGUACCACGCAUUUUUGCCUUCUGUUCUCAGUGUUUUGACACACACUCGCCAUGUCGACGGAGCUGUCAUCCACCGAAUCGGAAGAUCUGAAAUUCCACGCCACGAGUCGCAACCGUAAACGUUUGAUCUCCAACGGUUCGAGUCCCGACGCACCCCAGCGCAAGCACCAUCCCAGCACCAGCAAACGUCAUCAUUUCGACAGCAGCUCCGACGAUGAUGUGCAGGUGCUGGAGCAGGCGGGUUCCUCGACGCGUCCCCACGCUGCCAAUGGGACACGAUCGGAUCCCGCUGAGCCGAAAAGCGAUAAUGAUGUGCAGAUUAUCGGGAGCACGUCAAAACCGGUGGAAGAGGAUCCCUGGUCGCGGUUGGAAGAGUAUUCGGCGCUGCUGGCUGCACAGUUCCCCGAUAUGGAUCCAUUGGCCGUGCAGGAUGCUCUAAUCCAGAAUGAUGUUUCCCUGGUGAAAGCCCAAAGCCAGCUACGCAAAGCAGCUGGAAUUGCGGGUGAUUCGGAUGAGGAAAUCAUCGAAAUGCUCCAAGAUUCCUCCAAGAAACCGCCCACGAAACCAAAGACAGUCGAGGACGAAGAAAGCGAGGAUGAAAAACAGUAUCAACUGAUCCGGGACAAUGUGUACGAUAGUGACGACAGUGAUUAUGAAGAUGAAACGGACGACCGCAAGCAGAUUGUUACCUUCCUCCAGGAAGCCAGUUUGCCCGAUCUCAUCAAGCUGCGCGGACUCAGUGAGCGCAAAGCCAAGUUCCUCAUUCAAGCACGCCCAUUCCUCACUUGGAAACAGACGAUUCACAAUCUGCGUGGAGCGAAGUAUUUAAGCCUGGACGAUAUUAUUGACGCGGCUACGGAUUAUCUUAAUUCACGUACCACUGUCAGUAAAAUCAUUCAUCGCUGUCAGAAAUUGUCGGCCAAGGUUGAAGACGGCUUGAAUCAUCAGUCCUACGAUGAUGAUGUUUGUGGACCGCCUAAAAUGCUCGCUAAGGGAAUGAAAUUACAAGGUUAUCAACUGGAAGCAUUGCAGUGGCUGACUUUGUUACAUAAAUUCAAGAUGAACGGCAUUCUUGCUGACGAAAUGGGACUGGGGAAGACCAUACAGUCUAUUGCCUUUCUUGCCAGUCUGAUCGAGAGCGGAAUUCGGGGGCCAUUUCUGAUCGUAGCUCCGGCCAGUACCAUUGACAACUGGGACGACGAAUUCCGACGCUGGACCCCAUCGGUGCGGACGGUAGUGUAUCAUGGAUCCCUGGAAGACCGGGCUUUUCUACGCGACGAAUAUUUUAGCGUAAAAGGUCUCCAGAAGGUGGAAGUCAUCAUUACCACGUACGAUGGAGCCACCAGAAACCCCAUUGACAAAGUGGCCUUUAAGCGGUUACAUUUCAAGUUUGCCAUUUUUGAUGAAGCUCAUUUACUGAAGAACAUGGCGACCAAUAAAUACAAAACUCUUAUGAACACUGUCCGGACGGAUGGGCGACUCCUGCUAACAGGAACCCCGGUGCAAAACAAUCUAACGGAACUCCUCUCGCUGCUGGUUUUUGCGAUGCCACAGCUGCUUGCCCGUGACAUGGGCUCCCUGGAGCAUGCGUUUACCUAUAUUACGAAAGAAGGUAACUCGCCAUACGAAGCGCAGCAGAUCGUGGAGGCGAAAGCCAUUCUGAAGCCUUUCAUCCUGCGGCGGACAAAAGAAGAUGUGGCUUUGGAACUGCCGGGCCGCACUGCCACCGUAGAAAGAGUGCCCAUGUCAGCAUCCCAGAAAGCCCUAUAUGAAAAAAUGGUGCGGCGUUAUUCCAAAGAGAUCGUCGUCGGUGAUAACGGUGAAGAAGAGUACGGUGAAGGGGGCUUGGCGGCGCUGCACCAGAUGCGGAAGCUGGCCAAUCAUCCUUUAUUGAGUCGCAGUAUCUUCUCCGAUGAUCGUCUUCCCACCCUGGCCGCUGAUCUUGUCCGGUUCCAUCCUGCUUACAAAAACGAUACCGCCGAGCAUUUAUCCCGUGAUCUGGAGUUUAUGAGUGAUUUCCAGCUGCAUAAACUCUGCUGUAUUGAUCGGAAUUUGAAGAAAUACCGGCUAGGCUCGGAGCCGAUUCUGGAUUCUGGGAAAUUUGAAUAUUUUGAUACAUAUCUUCCGCUGCUAAAAGAAGAGGGUCAUCGAAUUUUGUUAUUUUCCCAGUAUGUGCAGGUUUUGGAUAUUGUCGAGUCCUAUUUGGAAAUUCGAAAACACAAAUUUGCACGGAUUGACGGUCAGACACCGGUGGCCGAACGGCAAGAUAUUGUGGAUCGAUUUAAUACGGACGAUAAAAUCUUUAUUAUGCUGCUUUCCACACGUGCCGGUGGCCUCGGUAUAAACCUGACGGGAGCUGAUACGGUUAUCAUUCAUGACAUUGAUUUCAAUCCCUACAAUGAUAAGCAAGCGGAAAACCGUUGUCAUCGCCUUGGACAGAAAAAGGAAGUUGCCAUAUUUCGCUUGGUUUCCAAAGAUACCAUUGAAGAGCAGAUCUUUGAACUGGGCCAGAAAAAGCUCGAGUUAGAACGAAACGUUAUGGAUAAAUCAGAUGCAGCCUCGGUGACGGUGUCAAACGAACUGGACGAUGUGGAUGUGGCCACCGCUAAAUCACUUUUAAGAAGGAGUUUAUCCACACCGAAGCCAGGGAAAGCGUAAUACAGUACUUGUAUAAUUUUAAGUUGAUGAUUGCUUUUUUAUGAUUUUGACGGACCUCCCUUUGAAAUCUCACGCAUGCGUACCGCUGUGGGAACGCGCUGAAGAGUUUUUUAUCUCUUUGUUAUAAAUUGUGGUAUGGUCGUUGUUGUUCUUGUAGCAUUCGAUCUUUUCCAAUUUUUUAUAAGAAUAGCCUGGGUUAAUUUGCGCAGUAUUUAUGUCAAUUGCAGCGGUUUGCUUGCACUUUGCUUAUAAGGUUUAAUUGUAAAGAGGUAAUUUGGACCGUUUCAAAAAUAAAGAGC